AUGCAGUGCAUAAGGACUGUUUGGAAUCAAUUGAAGGCAAACAAAAUACACAAGUGCUUUGGAAAAGCUGGCAUCACAAAAGAUGAAACUCAAGCUGCCCCGAAAAAUGUUGAACAUUUUGGUGUACAUUUAGAUAUACCAGAUGACAAUGAUUGGGCUCAUAUUUCAAGUGGAACUGAUUUGGAUAAUUUUGUUGAUUGUCAUGCUGAUACUGCCAUGUAUUUUGUGCAAAAUGAGGAUGAAAUAAUUAAAGAAGUAGUGCCAGUAUCAGCUGAAAUAAGUAGUUCUCAGGAAUCGGAAGAACUGGAUGGUGAAUCUGUGGAUCCUCCCACUCUGUCAGAAGCACUUACUGCAUUGGAAGCAACACAGCAUUACAUAAGAUGA